GUUCCUGCUCUUUGGAUUAUUGGUAUUGAAAUCGGAUACUUUGACCUGCAUGCAUUAGAAUUGCGCUUGGAAGGAUUGUUGAAGUAAGCGAAUCAUGGAUGAUCUUGAGUCGACUUCGGACGGGAGUGCCGACUCUGCUGCACUCCCACAACUUCCACCUUUACUGAUAUGGACCAGCAGAAGGUCAAUUGUGUGUCCUCCACCGCCGAACACACCAACUUUGGGUACACUUUAUACAGCUCAUCACCACGUACACGCCGUUGGUGGGAAUCAAGUAGCGACCUCAGAGCCGUCCUUUGCUUGUUAUGCAAUUCAGCAUACCUCAUUCAGUCCUUGGAACGUACAAUCAGUUACCACCAAUUUACCGCUAGAUUAUCCACCGCCGGACCUGACAGACCGCGUCAGGGACUCUCGACUAGAGUGCCGAAAGACGGAAGAUACAAACCCUACUGAGCUUUCAGCAACAGCUGUCGAAAACACAUGCUCGAUUCCCAUGACAUCGGCAAUGGAAAUUGAACAAAGAUCGCGAGACAGCGAUAACCAAACUGUGAACUAUCCAAUCUCAGUUUUAGAUCACUACACAGGACACGGGACCGUAGAGUAUGACUCGGAAGAAGACAACUACUCAAGCACGUCUUCCGAAGUAGACCUUCAAAAGAUCGGACAUGUUCCAGUAUAUCACCGACUGCCUAGCGUAUCUGAGGAUGGCAAACAUCAUGAUCAUCAAAAGCUCAAGAAACAGCAUACAUCGGAGACGUUUUCCGCUGAAGACACUCAACUUCUAGCUGAUAUUCCUCAAGACCCGGAGUCCCUCAGCACUGGAACCGGGGUGUCACGUGAUCGCCAGCAGGAUAUGCGUGAUCGUGCACAUUCACAAUCUGGAGAAGAGCCUCCUAAUUGUAGGCACUGCGAUAAAUCAUGUUCAACUGUAUCCCGUCUAACAUCUCAUGAAUUUGUACAUCCAGAAAAGAAAACUUUCAAAUGUAAAGUGUGUGAUAAAACCUUCCGUACGCGAUGGCGUCUUGUUCGUCAUGGACGAGUUCACUCAGGAGAAAAACCCUUCGCGUGUAAGUACUGCGCUAAAUCGUUCAGUGAAAAAUCAAGCUGUACUGUUCAUGAACGCAUCCAUACCGGGAAGAAACCAUUUUUAAAGUGUGAUCAUUGUGACCAAGGGUUUUGCGACAGUUCUAAACUUAGACGUCAUAAACGCAUACAUACUGGAGAGAAGCCAUUCAAGUGUAAAGUAUGUGGAAAGUCUUUCUCUUGGAAAUCCAGUUUAACAGCACAUGAAAGAAUUCAUCCCUGAUAGAAAAUGAUCAAGGAUUGUCCAGAGUCUUUUAAUUAAAAAAACACUUAGAAGACCAUGCAAACACUAAAACAAUGAUACAACACUCUUCUUUUCAAGAUAAUAGAAGAUAUAAUAUUAUAGAUCCGUUUUUAAAUGCAAGAUGCCCUAUCUGAAUUCCAUGCAAAAGUCUCCGAUUAAAUGCUGACUUAUACAUUAGAAGCAUCACAAACAUUCUCAUUGUCAUUGUGUUAAUGUUGAUAUAAUUAUUGUACAGUUUCUACCCAUUUUACUCAAUUCACUUCUUACACGUAUUUCCAUAUGCAAUGUUCAUACAAAAACUCAGUUUCGCUGAACAAG